UUGGAAAGGAAGGCAAGAGCAUUUUGACGCGAUGCAGAUAACCAGCCCGGGCAUACAGAUAAAACAGCUACAGAUUUAAAUACUUUUAUAAAGAAAAAUUCCAGCGUAGCUUUAUUAUCAUUUUUGUUGGCUUCGGAAACCAAAUGAGGAAAUAUCGUAGCAGAUAUUAGUAUAGUAGAAUGUGCUGCAGACAGUUUGUCUGAAAAUCAGGUUGCGUCGGGUAAAUCAGAUUAUUGGGAGGGUAAAAUGGAUUGUGACGUAAAGGUUUAAACCCGUUGAUGGUGCAUAGCAUGUACCGCCCACGGUAAAGUACAGUAGACAGGAAAUUGCUGGAAGCACAGACGGCGGACUCCUUCAAACGUUUCCCUGGACAUGAGCAUGUGUCCUCCACUAUCAUCGUGAGUAGAAAGCGGCAAUCAAGAUCAUGGCUUCUUAUCUUCAGAUUGCAGACGACGAGAAGGGUCACGGGUUAGACCUGUUCUGUGUCCCUAAACAUUAUGAGGAGGAUUUAGAAAGGGUCAUCAUUCCCCAUGGAUUGAUUAUGGAUAGGACUGAGCGUCUGGCCCGUGACAUCAUCAGGGACAUGGGGGGCCACCAUAUCGUGGCUCUGUGCGUUCUUAAGGGCGGUUACAAGUUCUUUGCCGACCUGCUGGACUACAUCAAGUCUCUGAACCAGAACAGCAACACCUCCCUCCCCCUGACAGUGGACUUCAUCAGGCUGAAGAGUUACUGUAAUGAUCAGUCGACUAACAGUGUCAAAGUCAUCGGAGGGGACGAGCUGUCCUCUCUGACAGGCAAGAAUAUUUUGAUAGUUGAGGACAUUGUGGAGACUGGGAGGACGAUGCAGACUCUGCUUGCACUGCUCGCUCAAUAUAAUCCAAAGAUGGUUAAAGUAGUUAGCCUUCUUGUGAAGAGAACACCAAAGAGCUCAGGGUACAGGCCUGACUACAUCGGGUUCGAGGUCCCUGAUGCCUUCCUGGUCGGCUACGCUUUGGAUUACAACGAGUACUUUAGAGACCUCAGUCACAUCUGUGUUCUGAAUGAGCAGGCCAAGGAGAAGUACCGUGUGUGACGGGAGACCAGGACACUGGGACUUCCCUCAGCUUCCUGGGGCUGAAUCAUAUUGACAUCUUUACAUUCAUAUUUACAUGAGAAGCCUCCAAAAUAAGAACACAUGGAAUGUUUGUUCACUUUAUAAAAUCAAAUAUGGGACGACUUGAAGUUUAAGUUAGAUGGUAUUUAGAGUUUUUUCUGCUGUUUUAAUUUAUUACAGCUUUGUUUGAUUCUGUAAAUUGAAAUUGAAAUUAUGCCUGUGAGAUUGUCUGAUUUGUGUUAUUGAUAUAUAUUCAUUGUUUUUGCUACUUCUAAUAUUCAAUAUUCCACAGGUUUUCAGUUCUGUAUGUUUAAGAAUUUCUCAGUUAAGUGCCAGUACAAUAUAUGUACGUACUGUGUUGGAACUAAGCUAUGCUGUUUCCCUCCUUGUUCUGUAUGCCAUGCAAUGACUGACUUGGAAUGUACUGUAACAUAUUUAUUUAAUAUUUAAAGCUUAGAAGUUAAAGAUGUUUUCUCUAAUUAGAAAUGUACAGCAAUAAUAAAUGUAUUAUUGUUA